AUGCAGUGGAGCCUGUUUGUGCUCGUUCUGAUGGGCCAGUGUUGCUUCUUUGUCUGUGAGCUCUAUGAGUACCACUUCAUUGAAGAGAAAAAGACCUGGGAAGAAGCCAGGAAGUAUUGCAGAGAUCAUUACACUGACCUGGCCACAGUGUCUAACAUGACAGACAUGAAGAGACUCAAUUACUCUGCACAGAAAGGAAACGGAGCCUGGAUUGGGCUUUACAACGAAACAGAUGCCAACAGGAUGUGGCACUGGUCUCUCCCAGGGGUGGAGUACAAUGAAACUGAGCAUAAUUGGGCUGACAGUGAGCCAAAUGACAAGAAGAAACCUGAAAACUGUGUGCGGAUUGAUGAUGAUUAUGAAUGGGAGGAUGCCCCUUGUACAACUGAGAAUAAAUUUAUCUGCUACGAUGGUUUGUCUGUUAAUUCCACAGAAGGGAACAAGUCUGAUCAGUUCUUUUGUAGUGAUAAGAAGAUGACCUGGCAAGAGGCUCAGAACUACUGCAGAGAACAACAUACUGACCUGAUCAGUGGACGCAAACAGUUAGAUGCCAUAGGACAGUGCAAAGAAAACGAUACGGAGGACAGGUGGAUCGGUCUGUUCAGAGACACCUGGAGGUGGUCAGAUGGCAGCAAUGUCUCUUUUAGAUACUGGGAUCUGGACUUAUUUAAAGACGAAGAUAACAAGACUUGUGCUAUGACUCUGUUAAAUGGAAAAUGGAGCUCCGACAAAUGUAAUGAAACAAAACCCUUCAUCUGCUAUGACGACAAAGUGAUCCUGAUCAAAGAGAAAAAGACCUGGAAUGAUGCAUUGGAUUACUGCAGAAAGAACCACAGUGACCUGGUCUCCAUCACUAACCCUCAUCAGCAGAGAUGGGUCCAGGAGAGAGCCAAGAAGGCCAACACUUCCCACGUGUGGAUGGGACUGCACUACGCCUGCUUUAUGGAUUUGUGGUUUUGGGUAAAUGAUUGUGUGGUCUGCUAUGACAACUGGGCCCCAGGAGGAAGGCAGCAGGGUUGUGACAGGGCUGCAGCCAUGGACAAAGAGGGGAAAUGGUUCAAAAUGUCUGAAAAUGACACGUUUAAUUUCAUCUGCACUCUUAAGUAG